AUGGCACCUGGAGGAGCCCUGGACCCAAUUCCUGACAGCUUCAUCCUGCAGCCGCCCAUCUUCCACCCGGUAAUUCCUUAUGUCACCACAAUCUUUGGCGGUCUGUAUGCAGGCAAGAUGGUCAUGCUUCAGGGUGUGGUCCCUCUGCACGCCCGCAGGUUUCAGGUGGACUUUCAGUGUGGCUGCAGCCUGAGUCCCCGGCCAGACAUUGCCAUCCACUUCAACCCUCGCUUCCACACCACCACGCCCCACGCCAUCUGCAACAGCCUGCACAGUGGACAGUGGCAGGCAGAGGUCCGCUGGCCUGGCCUGGACCUGCGGAGAGGGGCCAGCUUCAUCAUCCUCUUUCUCUUUGAGAACGAGGAGAUGAAGGUGAGCAUAAAUGGAAAGCACUUUCUCCACUUCCACUACCGGCUCCCGCUGUGUCGGGUAAAUACGCUGGGCAUCUAUGGCGACAUCUUGGUGAAAGCGGUUGGAUUCCUUAACAUCAAUCCAUUUGCAGAAGGCAGCAAAGAAUAUCCAGCCGGACAUCCUUUUCUGCUGUACAGUGCCCGGCUGGAAUUGCCCUGCUCACGUGCUCUUUCUCGAGGUCUCUGGCCUGGACAAGUCAUCAUAGUUCGAGGGCUGGUCACGCAAGAGCCGAAGGAUUUCACCUUGAGCCUGAGAGAUGAGGCUGCCCGCGUGCCCGUGACCCUGAGGGCUUCCUUCGCAGACCAGACGCUGGCCUGGAUCUCCCACUGGGGACGCAAGAAGCUCAUCCCAGCCCCUUUCCUCUUUUACCCCCAGCGAUUCUUCGAGGUGCUGCUUCUGUGCCAAGAAGGAGGACUGAAACUGGCACUCAAUGGGCAGGGGCUGGGAGCCACCAGCUUGGACCAGCAAGUGCUAGAGCAAUUACGGGAGCUCCGAAUCAGUGGAAGUGUCCAGCUCUACUGCGUCCACAUCUGAGGAAGGGGAGUCCGGCGCUACUCCAACCAGGCAAAAGAAAAGCCAGCCUGUGCCACAACUCCACUGUACAGCCCUAGUCCAUUGGCCUUCGUUAAACCACCAACCUGUCUCAGGGCCCAGGUCACUUGUAGAUCACAAUCCUGAGGCUGCAGGGAGGUUGGGUCCACACAACAGAGGGAAGAUAGCAGGUCCAAAAGUUGCUCCAACUCUUGAGUCCUACUAGGAGCGUGGCGUUUAUCGGUGCCAACCUUCAUGGACCCAGGCUGCACCCACAGGGCCAGCAGGCUGUGCAGGCUGCAGGUAGUAUGUGAAAGAACAACACCGAACGUGCCCUCUGGCUAAAAAGGACAAUGUGUCAAUAAGCCCCUCUCCAGUAGGCACUGUGUACUCGGUGAAAUGCAUGACCAACUUCACAACCGGCUCAUAAUUUCAUAAAGACCCAGAAAGAA